AUGGCGUCAGCCGAAUUUUUAGAGCAAGCACUGUCCACAGACGUUGACGAGAACGCAGUAAACGCGAUUGUUGGUACACUUGAAAAUCAACUAGUGACGUCCGUACCGUCGGUAUCGUCACAGAACAAUAUUGUAAAUGUUAUCCCAACUAAUAAUACUAAUACUUCUUGUCCAAGUUCUAUUAUUGGACAUAAAAUAUACAACAAGGACCGCAGUGAUGGUGAAAUAAGUGGUGCUAGCUUUCAAUCAUCUGUUCCAAGUGCGUCAUUCAAUGCGCCAACCACGUUUUCUACACAAAGAAAUCUGAAUCAAAUUAUAUCCAGCAAUGCAGAUUCAAUGAGUUCCGAAUACAAUCCAAACCAAAUAGACAGUCGUACUAUUGCGCACUCUAUAGCUAACGGCACAGUUAGCUUUCCUGCGUCUCAAGCGCAGGUGAUACACAGUGCUCAAGGCGGGAGUAUCCCUCAGUCAGCAACAAAAACAAUAACAAUGCAACCUCCGUUAGUUAUAAAGCAGGGUACGACGACUGGUCAAGUCAACAUGCAGACUGGAAUGAUGACUGUGCCCAUGACUGUAAAUUCUAGUAUGGCAAAUUCUAUUCCAAAUGUAAUGGCCAUAAAUAAGCCGGGAACACAGAAUGUUGUUGUUACUACUCAGAAUAUGGGGACAGGACAACCUGCUAUCAUUCCUAAUGUUCAAAUACUAAACACGCGGCCUGGGGCACCUGCGGUAGCUGCACAAAAAUCAGUUGCCACAGUGUCGCCCAGAGUUGUUAUUGGAACUCCACAAGUGGUUGGCGCAAGAGCAGCAGUGCCUGGUAUAACGCUGCAAACACUGCAAAGUCUUCAACAGGGGCAGCAGGGUCAUUUGUUGUUAAAGACAGAGAAUGGUCAAUAUCAGCUGUUGCGGGUCGGUCCGGCGCCCGCCGCCAACACACUAACUGCGCCUCAGCCGCAGACCCUCCGGCUGUCGACUGUGCCGGCACAUCCCGGUGUGGUGACGGUGUCGACGAGCGUGGCUGUGCCAACUCAGAUAGGACAGAUGCCAUCUGGUCCGGUGGCUACUCCGGUGGCUGUAUCCUCAGUGUCGUCCGUGCAGGCGUCUGCGCCCGUUCCACAGCCUCCCGUUGUUACCACACAGAAACCGCUGGACAACACGAAGGAGAAGUGCCGGAACUUCCUGGCGAACUUACUGGACCUCUCCAGCAAGGAGCCGAAGUCUGUGGAGAGGAACGUGAGGAACCUCAUCCAGGAGCUGAUCGACGCGCAAGUGGAGCCGGAGGAGUUCUGCGACCGGCUGGAAAGGUUGUUAAACGCUAGUCCUCAGCCGUGUUUGAUUGGGUUCUUGAAGAAAAGUUUGCCUCUCUUGCGUCAAUCAAUGUGCACCAAGGAGCUGGUGAUUGAGGGGAUCAACCCGCCGUCGCCGCACAUCGCGUUCUCGUCGAUACCGCCACCGGCGUCCCCAGUCCAACCGCAACCGGUGACGACCAACAUGCAAAUGCCGAAGCCAGCAACUAAACCCGGUAGCUCGAUAGCUGUGUUGCAAAAUAUACCACUGCACACGAAAAUCAAUGUGACCAAAGUCGGCAAAACCAUGACCGUGAACAGCAAAGCCAAUUUCACGAGGCCCGGUGGCCCUUCCGCGGCGUUGUCGACUGUUCUCACCGGCAAGUCAAUGCUGAAGGAUAAGGAGAAGAAGUCGACUUUGCAGUUUACUCAGCCCUUCGGUGAUGACAAGAUGACGGGAGAUGAUGAUAUCAAUGACGUAGCCGCUAUGGGUGGUGUUAACUUGGCUGAGGAAACACAGCGGAUCCUUGGAUCCACGGAGUUGAUUGGGACGCAGAUCAGGUCGUGCAAAGACGAGUACCUAGUGCCGAUGGGUCUGAUGCAGAGCCGUGUCAAGUUGAUCGCCAGCAAGCACGGGCUGGACGAGCCCAAUGCGGAGGUGGCCGGGAUCCUGAGCCACGCGGUCCACGAGCGGCUGAAGACCACCGUGGAGAAGCUGGCGGUCAUCGCUCAGCAUAGAAGUGAUCUACUCAUCAAGACGGAUUCCCGCUACGAAGUGACUGGUGACGUCAAGGGCCAACUGAAAUUUCUGGAAGAGUUGGACCGCGUGGACAGGAAGAGGCGUGAGGACUCCGAGCGCGAAAUACUGCUGCGUGCUGCCAAGUCGCGCUCCAAGAAUGAGGACCCGGAGCAGGCGAAGCUGAAGGCCAAGGCCAAGGAAAUGCAGCGUGCUGAAUUAGAAGAACUGCGGCAGCGUGAAGCCAACCUCACAGCUCUGCAAGCCAUCGGGCCAAGGAAGAAGGCCAGGAUCGAUGGUCCCGGUGGUGCGGACACUACUGUUUCUGGUAGUGGCAGCGCUAGCGGAUAUCCCGGUCGCAGCCAGCUGGCUCUCCGUACUCGCCUGAAGCGCAUCAACCUUCGCGACAUGAUCUAUUUGUUGGAACAAGAGAAAGACACCGCUCACUCGACAAUCCUGUUCAGGAGCUAUCUUAAAUAAAUAAUACACUUUGCCAGCCAGCUGGCUCUGCGUACUCGCCUGAAGCGCAUCAACCUUCGCGACAUGAUCUAUUUGUUGGCUCAAGAGAAAGACACCGCUCACUCGACAGUCUUGUUCAGGAGCUAUCUUAACCCUAGCUCACUAAACAUAUUUCUGUGUUACUUUGUCACUAAACAUUCGACUUACAGACGAACAAAUUAAAAUGCAUGUAUUUUAUUUAUUUGUUAUAUUUAAGUGAAAUAAGUAACAACAUAGCCAAGUUAGUUAUCUAAAUAUUAUUAUAAGAAAUAAGAAGGUCUUUUUUUCCAAUCUUUGCAGUCAUUACAUGUAGGAAUUGUGUGCUCGCCGCAAAUUGCCUUUCUGCAUGAGUGGCAUGAGUUUUUAGUCAUUCUGCGUUUUUUAUAUGGACAAAAUCGGCAUAUUUUGCGUUUAUUUGUCCGUCCUUGAGACGUACUAGGAAAAACAUCAUCGAUUUUUAGAAUAUCUUUUAUGUAUGUUUUGAUAUUUUUCCUCAAAGUUGGUGUAUUGUACCGCUCCUGCAACCAUGGUUCAGUUAGGCCAUCUUCCAUUUUUUGAAUGAAAGUUCUUAGUUUUAAUGGUUUUUGACGCAGCCUCACCAUGUUAGAUACAUAAAUUACAUAUUAACUAUGCAUAAAUUUAGAAUAUUAUAAAAUAUAACCUAAGGCCACCUAGGUCUUCCGAUUGUUGAGCACAUUUGGUCAACUGCGUCGACUGCGUUUUUGGUGCUAUUAUAGCUGUUGGCGGCCUUCUGGCUGCGUGCUGGUAUCCUCGUCAGAGACUAUUAUCCUCCUUAUACAAAAGUUCUCCCUCUAAAAUUGAAUUCUUGGUCAGAAGACGUAUCAGAUUCUUGUUCACUUUGAUCAGUAGCGAUUGCUAAAUCUCUCUCUAAAUUGUCUUCGCCUUCGAAAUCUGAGCUACGAAAACCAUCCAACUGAUGUUCAAGUGUCUCGCCCUCUUUAUUGUGGCUGUCGCAUUCUUCAAGAAUACUCAAUAUCUUCUCCUGAUCUCUCUCUGAAUUCAUGUAUACAAUAAAAGGAAGGUUAAUUUUUUUAAUUCGUAUUAUUCCAAAAACUAUUAAAGGAAACAGUAUACAUUACUAGCAAAAAGGCAGAUAAACUUUCUACAAUAAGUAUUAUUCAACGUUUAUUAUAGAUCGGUAUCAAUAAACAAUAAAAAAAACGAUUAAUCAAAAAUACACCUUUGUUCACAUUGCACGCGUAGUCACUACACAUUCGUCUGUGAGUCGAAUAUUUUGCUAUAACUCCGCAACUCCGGUCUUGUUCAGGAGCUAUCUUAAAUAAAUAAUACACUUUGCCAGCCAGCUGGCUCUGCGUACUCGCCUGAAGCGCAUCAACCUUCGCGACAUGAUCUAUUUGUUGGCUCAAGAGAAAGACACCGCUCACUCGACAGUCUUGUUCAGGAGCUAUCUUAAAUAAAUAAUACACUUUGCCAGCCAGUUGGCUCUGCGUACUCGUUUGAAGAGCAUCAACCUUCGCGACAUGAUCUAUUUGUUGGCUCAAGAGAAAGACACCGCUCACUCGACAAUUCUGUUCAGGAGCUAUCUUUAAUAUACACAUCAUACACUUUGUAAAUAAAUAUUAUUUUUUUGUAAAUACCAUUUGUACAUAAAUUCAAUUUUACCAAUUUUUUAUAUUUUACUCUGUAACGCAUGCAUUUCUACACUGAAGAAGAUUGUACUAUGAAGUGAGUUUGAGACUUGUGCCCAUAAUUAUGGACUUAAUUUUUUAGUGACAAUUUUUAAUUUUUUUUGAGGAUGUGGCACAAAAUGUACAUUUGUAAAUAUUAUUUGUAAUAUAAUUUUUAACGGAAAAUAAUUAUAUUUAUUUCUAAAAAUGUUUUGUAUAUUUUGAAAUAUGAAUUAUUCAAUUGUUUAUAAUUCAAGUUUCACCAGCUUAAUUUUAAAUGUAAUGUAUGGCCUUGUAUUGUAUAUUAUUUUAUGACGUUAAGAUUAUUAAAUAUCCUUAUUCUGAUGUUCUUUUUUAAUAUAUUAAAUGUAAUCUGCUAGAACUUAUCCAAAAAGAUUCAGCGUUUCAUAUAAUUAUAAUGUGAUUUGUUGACUGACUUCGGAAAAAGAAAAAAGGUUCUAUGUUCGUCUGUGAAAUUCUUUAUGAAUUGUAUUAUCUUCUAUAAGUAGUUUUAAAAGCAAUUAUAGCUACAUAAAAUUAUGUAAUUAUCAACAAAUUUUAUAAAUGAUAAAUAAACAUGCUCAAUUUAUGCCGUAGUUGGCACAUUCAAUCUGUCUUCUUCUUGUAGUUAUAAGUGUAACCAUAUUUUGUCCUUCAGUUUGUCCACUUUUAAUGUACUUAUGUGUUAGCUAUAUCAAUGGAUUUCGUAUUUUAGAAAUAUUGGUUAUUUGACGUUUUAGUAAAAUUUAUUAUUAUAAUUAAAAGGAUUGUGUAAUUUUAAUCUAAAUAAUAAUAAUCGAAAAUGUUGAUUAUUAUUGUUAAUUGGAGUACGUUGACGUUAUAUGAAUUUGUUAUUUGAGUUUUAUUUAGAAAAUAAUUUUAAGGUAAAAGCAUGUUUUUUAUAAACACACCAGAUUGGAUAAUAAAAUUGCAAUUUAAAUAAUAUUUUUUUUAUGAAAUUGUAAAUGAUGUACUGGAUUUGUCAAUUUUAGGUUGUAUAUAAUAUUUAACAUUUUUUAUUAUAAAUAAGAGGAAAUUUUAUGUUUAAAGAUGCAUGUAAAGAACAAAUUUUACUUAAUUAUAUAAGUUCAUUGCAAAUGGAUUUCUUUUUUCUUCCGAACUUAUGAAUAGUGUGCUUUUUAACAAGAUGUAUUUUUCACUCAGUGCAUAAUAUAAUGUAUGUUUUUAAUAUUUUUUACCAUAGUCAUAAUUGUUGUGUAAUGAAAUAAAAGUAAAGACUAGGCACCCAAUCCGAUUACAAAUUUUUUAAUCAUAAUAAUUUUAAUAUAAGCAAUGGAUUUACUGUGUUAGUUGCAUCCAGAUUUAAUUUUUUAUUAUUAUUCUGUGUAUAAAUAAAUGAUAAUGAAUCUGAAUAAAUGUGUAGAUUUUUUA